AGGACACUGUGACAGAGCUCAAGAUGUUCGUGAACGAGAAGAUGUCCAUCCCAAUGGAGCAGAUGCUCUUUGUGUGCAGAGGGAAGCCACUGGAGGACGGCCGCACGUUGCAGGAGAUGGAGGUCCAGUCUGGCGACCAGGUGGCGCUGAUCUUGCGCCUCAAGGGCUGUGGCCAGUUCAUCGUGGAAACGGAUGAAGGAGCCUCUUUCCGCGUGGACGGCGCCUGCGCGGACCGCACGGUGGCAGAUGUGAAGACGGCCAUCAGCGACAGAACAGGGCUGUCGCCGCACGAGCAGCAGCUCAGCUACCGCGCGCAGAUCCUGGACGACAGCCACACCUUGGAGUUCUAUGGCAUCAAGCGGGAGUGCAAGAUUCAGCUCGCACGACGCAAGGACAACCUGCGAGAGUGCUGCUUCUGCUGCUGAUUCCGGAGCCUGUGUAGGUGGACGAAGGCAGAGGUUCCUGGCAGCGCGAUGCGCAGGCCAACGGCCGCCACGAGAAUGCUUGGGCUGGGUGGAGUGGGGUAAGCAGAUUCUGAAGGCAC